ACCCGUCCAAUUAAAUCAUGCUUAGUGGCCGAUUCAACGCCUGAUCACGGAGGAGAAGGGAGGGGGAAGCAUCACGCGAAAUUUUAAGUGUGAGAUGGCUUCCCCUCACCAAAUCCCCAGCCUCCCUCUAUAGCUUUGCUAUGCUGACUACUUCCUCGCCAUCUCCAUAAAGCUUAGCUUGCCCCUCUCGCUCGCGUCUCUGUCUCUCACGCACGCGCACCGUGCAGAGCGAAGAGGAGAGGGGGCUAGCUCCGGGUGCCGUCGCCAUGGCCAACCGGCGCAAGUUCUCGCAGGCGGGGGGCGGCGGCGGCGGCGGGGUGUUCGACCCGUUCGGCACGAAACAGGCCGUGUCGUCGCUGCGGAAGGGCGGGCGGCUGCCGGUGUACGUGGCUGGCGUCUUCUUCGUCAUCUUCGUCAUCAUCAUGUACGGCGAGGACAUCCGGUCGCUCACGCUGGACCCGAUCGCGCGCGCGGGGACAACGCCGGCGCGGAUCGUGGAGCCGGUAGUGACGGAGGAGCGCCACGUCGCCCGGGUCAACCCUCCUCGGCGCGAGGUCUCGUCCGCGGAGAAGGCCGCCGCGUUGCCGCUCGACGUCGACGAGAGGCCGAAGCUGGCGACGCCGACGCCGACGGAGGCGGCGAAGGAGGUCCCGAAGGUCGAGAAGAUCAGGAAGCCGAAGAAACCCAAGACGACGAAGAAGAAGCCGAGGAAGCCGCGGCCGGCGAAGAAGACGGUGGCGGCGGCAGCCGGGGGCCUGCUCGGCGUGCCGGAGACGUGCGACCUGUCCAAGGGCGAGUGGGUGUUCGACAACACCAGCUACCCUCUGUACCGGGAGGAGCAGUGCGAGUUCCUCACGUCGCAGGUGACGUGCAUGAGGAACGGCCGCCGCGACGACACCUACCAGAAGUGGCGGUGGCAGCCCAAAGACUGCUCCAUGCCCAGGUUCGACGCGAAGCUGUUCAUGGAGAGGCUCCGAGGGAAGCGGUUCAUGUUCGUGGGGGACUCGCUGAACCGGAACCAGUGGGAGUCCAUGGUGUGCCUGGUGCAGUCGGCGAUGUCGCCGGGGAAGAAAUACGUCACCUGGGAGGACCAGCGGGUCGUCUUCCACGCCGUGGAGUACAACGCGACGGUGGAGUUCUACUGGGCGCCGUUCCUGGUGGAGUCCAACUCCGACGACCCCAAGAUCCACAGCAUCCAGCACCGGAUCAUCAAGGCGGACGCGAUCGCGGCGCACGCACAGAACUGGCGCGGCGUCGACUACCUCGUCUUCAACACCUACAUCUGGUGGAUGAACACCCUCAACAUGAAGAUCAUGAGACCGGGCGGGCAGAGCUGGGAGGAGCAUGACGAGGUCGUGAGGAUCGAGGCGUAUCGGAAGGUGCUGACGACGUGGGCGAGCUGGGUGAACGACAACAUCGACCCGGCGCGCACGUCCGUCUUCUUCAUGAGCAUCUCCCCUCUUCACAUCAGCUUGAGAGUUCCUCAACCCCGUGUUCUACUGGUGGAGAAUUCAAACUUACAAGACUGAACAAAAAGAAAUGGUGGUUUGCAAUUGAUAUGUGUGAUGAAACAUAAAUAAGGCCUGGUAGAUCGAUGCCCAUACGUGUAUUAUUGCGUACUUUACGAUGAAGGGACAGAUGCUGCUUUGUUAGUAUCGGAUCGAACAGAAGGUUGUGCUGGUUACUGUUGCGGAUCGAUGUCAAUUAGGCUUGAUAAGGAUUGGCAUGGCCCGCGGAUGACGCCUUACGAAAGCUCUCCCUCUAUAAAAACUUUUAGGACAGUCCCAACCCAUAACACUAGAUAUGGUUUCAACUCUACAUCAUCAAGAAACUAGUACUAGACACUACUCUUCUAAUGCAAACACCACUAUUCCGUACUUCAAUUUAAUGCUACUUAUCUCACAUGAUGUCUUGGAUGUUGUGUAAAAAUCAUGUCUCAUACAAGAUAUGGUUUCCUUCUCUUUCCUCAUUUAUUCACUUGCCACAUUAUUUUUUGUUCUACGUGGCAACUUAUUUAAUUAUAUGGACACCAUACUAGUUAUUGGGUUGAAAAUCCCUAAUAUUAGGAACAGUCUUAUCCUGAAACUGAUAGGUGCUUAGGGUCCCGUGAAGCAAACCACUUUGAUUUGUCUGCGAAUUUUGAAGUCAAUGAUUCCCUUUUGUAUACUACCUCCGUCCCACAAUAAGUACAAUCAUGAGUUUUCGCGCCCAACUUUAAUCGCCCGUCUUAUUUAAAAUUUUUUAUAAUUAGCAUUUUUGUUGUUAUAAGAUGAUAAAACAUGAAUAGUACUUUACUCGUGACUUAUAUCUUUAGUUUUUUUAAAAAAAAAUUUAAAUAAAACGAAUGGUCAAAGUUGGGCGCGGAAAACCAUGACUGCAUUUAUUUUGGGACGGAUGGUGUAGGAAAGAGGAUGCGAGAAUAUGGUUAACUAGUAACCGGACAAAAUUGCCGAGGUUCAUGUCACAUCUGGUAAACAAACAAAUCACCGGGGUUUUAUCGUCAGUUAAUUACUAGUAGUAUUACUGCUUUCCUUCUUGGAUUAGGAAGAAGGCCGAAAAAACAUUUGCCGUGUCCAGCUGUGUGAUCUCGAAAGUUGUUGACUAUUCCGAGUAGGGAUUGCGUCUACAACUGAGGAACCUACGCUUUUGGCUUCUUUGGGUUCGGAGGCAUGUCACGUCAACAGAUACAGUUAAAAGUUUGGUCAACCAAAGCACAAUUACUCCGUACUACCGAUAUCAUGUACUCCCUCUGUCCCAUAAUAUAAGUAAUUUUGAGUUUUUGCUUACAACGUUUGACCACUCGUCUUAUUUAAAAUUUUUUAAAAUUAUUAUUUAUUUUAUUUGUGACUUAUUUUAAUAUCUACAGUACUUUAAGUACAACUUUUCGUUUUUUAUAUUUGCAAAAAAAAUUUGAAUAAGACGAGUUGUCAAAUUUAUCGUGGGACGGAGUGAGGACUACGAUCCCCAUGCUUAUGCUACUAUGCAUAGGUCUGCUAAAUAAUUUGCCCAUGAUUUCACCGUUAUCAAACUGACAAAACUUACAUCCUGGUCGUUAAUUCGGUUUCUGAAAAAUCUGUUU